AUGGCCUCACGUAAACCAUCACUCAACCAACCGAAAGACUGCGCCGAGACAUCUCGCCACCCGCGGAGAUCCCGAGCUAGUAAACAAGGCGGCCCAGCUAAGCAAGAUGCGAAUGAAUCAGACCUAUCAUCCCAGCCAGCCAAUAUUCAGCAGAUCAAAUCACUAUCUUCUACUCUCAAGCAGUCCCUACGCAACCAGGAGCCAUGGUCUGCAACAAUCGAGUAUCAGAGACAGUGCCUCAGGCAGCAAUAUCUGGCGCUUAUUUUUCAUUCUUGCGAGACUCUCAAAUCUGACCCAGCCGGGAGGAAUAGUUACUCCGAGGAAGCCCUCAAUUUACUCUGGUUGGAUACUUCGUACAGUUUGAUCAAUAUCUAUCGGGCAAAAUUGAGUACCAUGGACCAGGAGAUUGAACGACCAACUCAUACCGGUCACAAGAAAUCCGGACCCAAGAAUCAGAAGUUCCAAUCGGAUCGAAGCCGCGGAUCUCUACCGAACGUUGGACCAGUUGCCCGUCGAAAGCUGCUUCAGCAUUUUCGUUCGUUCCUUCGCACCGAAGAUGGAUUCUGGAAGUCUCUUAUCUACCGACUAGUCAACGAUCAUGAUAUUGAGGCGGCCAAGGGGUGCUUGAAGAUCUUGAAAAUCUUUAACAAUCGACCGAGAAAUGAAGAACCCCGACAAUCAGAUCCAUCUGACCAGGAAGAUAGCACAAACAACAAUCUGUCGGAAUUUAAAGACGAAGGCAUCCCCCUGGUUCACAAAGCCUUGAUUUGUUUCGGCGAUCUGAUUCGUUACGGUGAGCUGUAUGCUCGUACCGGUGGACAAACGUCUCCAUUUUCAGGUCCGACGAACCAAUCACGAGAUAAAGCUGGCAAAAAUUUAGCAGUCGAGCGUGAUUGGUCGAGACCUCAAGACUGUUACAAUCAAGCUCGUUUGCUGAUACCUACGAACGGAAAUCCCUCAAAUCAACUAGCUGUCCUCUCGUCAUACAUUCCUGAUGUCCUGAGCUGCGCCUAUCACUACUAUAGGGCUUUAUGUAUCAAGAGGCCCUUCCCGACCGCUCGCCAGAACCUUCGAUCAACCUUCACCAAAGCGUUGGCCAAGGCUACCCAAGCAGAUCACUCACUUCAUUCUCCUGGCCCCCACGAGCUUUUUCCGGGUGAUCUAAAGCUCAACCCGGACCAUCUGGUAUCUGAAAUUAGAUCACGUUUUGUUGUCCUACAUGCAAGCCUCUAUACCCGAGCUCCCAAUCCUUUUACCGAAUGUAACGUCAAGCUCUGCCGUGAAUUCGCCAAUCAUCUCAAAGAUAGGCUUCUGCCCCCCGAACUGAUUUUGAAGAUGAUUGCCAUUUGCAUGGCGGCAGCGUGGUACGCAAGGGUUGAUGCGGGAAGUGCCUCAACUCACCCUCGCAACGGUGAUCAUAUAGAUUCCCGGUCACGUCCGGCCUCUCACUCAUACACAACUGAAGUGAAAGCCAUUGUUCACUUUUUGCAAUUCUCAGCCGCGUUACUGACUGUGGCCAAGGAUGAACUUAGCUCAAUUGACGAGUCGACUGCUCAUGCAGAUUUAUCGCAAAGCAUACCUGCUGUUUUGCGCAGGAUUUUACCGGCAAUGCGGAUCAUCAGCAAAUGGGUUUUGAGCGGGCAUUUCGAUCAUAUUAACCGAGUCAAGUUACGCCUGGCACGAUCAAAGAAGCUCAAGUUGAACUCACAGCUCGUCACGGCUGAAGCUGAGUUUUGGACGCAGUAUCAUCAAGCGAUUGAGCUUGCUAAGCAACAUUUCCCCCUUGACAAAUUGCAAGCAUUAGACGAUUCUUCCAGGCUUGAAGAAGAUCUCGAAUUGGCCGGGUUCUUGCCUAUCGAGAAAGCCAUGAAAAUCCAUCAAUCAACAUCAUCCAAACCGUUUGACCAGGUUGCACUCCCGCCUGCUUGUGGGGCCUGUCAUCCAAACGAAGAACACUUGAUGCGAAUGGCUGACCUCCAAAGAGAUGCCAACCAAAUUGAUGCGAAACACUAUGCUACCCAGUCGAACCUUGCAGAGCCAAAAAACCCAUCGGAAAUUGCCAUAGGUCCAAAUGAAAUCGAGAAUCUCCAAAAGACAGACUUCGCCAACUCCUCAUCGCCUUCCGCACCUUCAAAAGCAGCCCAAAAUGAUCCGGUUAACACAAUUCAUGGACUCUCGGACGAAUAUGGCAAUUGGACAGAUGACGAAGAUCCAGUAGAGCUUGCUAUGCGUGCCGUCGUCGCUCAACAGAUGGGAAACGAGCAAACAAGCAGUAGCCAUAAUACAUUGAUGCUACAGACACUGAACUACUCGGGAGAUGUGACCGAUGACGACGAAGUUGAUGAUGACGACGAAGACGUUAUUCUUUAUCUUACCAAUCCAUCCGGCGGUGCAGCCGAUCGUCCAGAAAGCUCCGGCAGCACCCUCGAGAUGAGUGCGACGCUUCAAUUUCCGUCAUCGUUAUAUCAAACACCCCUUGAUCAAGUCGGGACCGGCAUGAGAACGGCAGCCGAUCUGCUCGCAUCAAUGAUCAGUACGCCAAUGGCUACCCCGCAUCAUUCUCACCAACCUAAUGCUGUCGUGCCACCACCUGUCCCAGCCGAGAGAUGGAACCCAUUCUCACUCGCCGGCCAAACCACGCCAGGACCUCCAUUGCGCACAUCAGCUGUCGCCCAUCCUCCGAGACACGGCGGAAGGGUCCCCUCUGUGUCGCUCCCCAAACCAGCUGAAGCUUCACCGAAAAUAAAUAUCUGGUCCACUCUGCCUGCUUCUAGCUCAUCUUCUCCCACGGAAGCCAACAUGAUUAUGGCCAAUGACUGGCCCGCGUCGACAGCCUUCUUGGGUCAACUUGACUGA